AUGGCUUCUCGAGUGCUUCUGCAGCGGCGCGUUGCGCCGCUGACGGCUGCCGCACUGGUAGGAACCGUCGCCUUCUACCCCCGGACCGCACACGCCGAAGCGCCCAGCGAACGCCAGUAUUCCUGCGUGGCCGAGGACGCCGUCAACGGGGCGAUGGCGCGGGCGUUCGCGGCGGAGCGGUCCUUCACGUCGACGGUAGCGUCGCUGGCGCCGCCACGCGAGAGCGGCGAGCGGCUGAUGCCGGGGCUCAUCUACGUGCUGGUGGCGGGCAUGGCGGGCAGCAUCGUGGCGCGCAACCGCAACGUGCUGGUGCGCGGCGCCGCGCCGCUGGCGCUCGGCCUGGGCGCCGCCUGGACCGUGCUGCCCGUCACGAUGGGCAAUGUGGGCGCGCUGGCGUGGGAGUAUGAGAAGCGCGUGCCGGCGGUGGCGGAUGCGCAUCUGCGGGCGCGCGAGGGCGUCGAGAAGGGGGUGUAUAUGGCUCGUGUGCAUGCAGAGCUGGCGCAGAGGAAGGUGCAUGAGGGGGCUUGA